AACAGCAGUAGAGGCAGCAAACGCAGCAGCAGUGGCAGCAGGCAUCGGGAAUCGGGGGUGCGAGAAAGGUGAAAGGUCAAAAGUUGCCAGGACGGAAUAUCGACUAGGGUCGAGGCUGGGUCGGGCUGGCCUAGUCGCGGCGAAGCAGAGAGUAGGAGGGUAAGUAGCGCGGAGACUGGCCUAGAAUCGCAACAGUGCGGACGUGAAGUCUUAUAUGCAAGGGUGCAACAAGGAGGAGAGACUCGAUGUGCGCGAGUGCAUGUGUCACGGGGACGACGAGGCUGGCAGGGUGCAGAGGAAAAAAAGAAAGGGUGGUAUGAGUUGCAAUAGCGUGUAUUCGCGUUGGUAAUCGUAUCCGCAACGAGGCUCAGUGAUCGUUCGAUGCCCGUGCAUCAGUGAGGACGCAGGCGAUCAGCCAGGAGUAGCAGGACGGAGGCUGCGAGUAUAACGGUGAUGAAGUGACGUGAGGGAAAAAAGGGAGUAAUCGUGGCUCGGACCUGGGUAACGUAGCCGUGGCGGAGACAUAUCUCGCGAUGUCGUCGUGAACAGAAAAGAAGACAGAGGGUGAAGAGAGAACGUGGACGAGCAGACAGGACGAACGAACGGACGCGGUGUAGUCGGUGUUAAAGCGUUGGUACGCGUUACAUCUUGAGUGUUCCCCAGCUUGAUGGUUGCUUUGCUGUUGCUGUUGCUGCCGCUGUCACUGAUGCUGCUGUCAUCAUCGUCGUCGUGCCCGCCGUCGUCGUCGUCGUACUCAGCAUUACUCUCGUCAUCGUUGUUAAUAACGCCGUCAUCAUCUUCGUUAUCGUGGCCAUUGGGUUCGCCGAUAUACAUUAUGACUUGUUCAUUCGGAGUUCGGGGAUUCCCCUGGGUUUUUACCAUGAAGGAACCACGUUAAAUUUCUCAGUCUCGUUAACCCUACGAUUAUUUCGAAAAAAAAAUGAUUUCGUGCCACCAGUCAGCCUUCCUUGUAAUCGCGCGACCACGCGAGAACCGCCACUAGAUGACGUAAAGAAAUUAGAUAACAAAAAAACCUCUGAUGGCCUCGCCGAAAUGGAGAAUGGAGUUCUGCCUCUGUAGUCCGAAACUCCGUGUUCGCUUCUCGCUCCCUCGUGCACGCACGUAACACCCACCGUUUGUUCGCUCGAUAACAAACGACCCUGCUCUGCUGCCUGUUCUCUGUCUGCUUGCCUGCCUUUGCCUGCCUCUUGCCUGAUCGCCUCGUCAACUUAUUAUAACAUACUUCUCGAAACCGAAGGACUCCCUGAUUUUUAUCGACACUCUCCAAUGAAUGAAGAUCCCUCACUUCCGUUCUCCGUGGUAUCACAAGUCUGAACGGAUCAGAAUACAAUAAAAUAUUUUAAUCACGCAGUUUACAAAUCCUGUCAUACAUGUACCAUAAUUCUUGAAGCCCCCUGCUUGCCUUGUUCUUACUGUAAUAAUAAAAGCAUUGGUCGUAUUCAAUAGCCAGAGUGAUAUAAUUAUUAAUGAAAUUAGUUAGAAGAGACUUGUAUAUAUAUAUGUAUAUAUGCAUCCAGUAUAGAAUGAGUGAAAGAAAGAAUGCAUUCCAACGAAUGUGUUGCUCGAUAAGAAAAAGCUCAUUUCUAUUCAGCCCUAUAUCUAAAUAAGUGCUGAAGGACCUUGAUCGGGUGGAGAUCAGACGACGAUAGUCCACGCGAAGAUCGGGGGACUUGGGUGAGUACGUCGGGUUUUUGAGGUAAUCAGAGAGAGGGAGGAAGGCCUUCCAUGAAAAGACAGGUCGAGGAGUUUCGAUCGUAAUUUUAUUAUGGAAGCGUAUCCAAGGCAAAGUAAUUCUAAAGAUCGACCAUCUUGGCAAGGCCGACCUCUGUGUGUCUGAUAUCUAUUACGUAGAGGAUGAAUAAAAGUAGUAUGUAGCUGAUAGCAAACGUAAUGAUAAGAAAGAAGCUUAGGUAAUAUAUAUAUAUAUAUAUAUAUAUAGAUAGCAGUAGGGAUACGUAGCACUAGGUAUAGUUUAGAAAGUACACACGGGGGAGGCGUACCGAUGCCUGGAGCACCGUCACGUUUCUUGCCUUUACAGAAUGCAGAACCAUGCACGAUCGUUACUCCUAACGAGGAGUCGCCUCGCCCGAAUGCGUUAAACCGGGAAGAGCCACGGAAAGGAUCCGGAGGAGAGAGCGAUGUACGCUGCAGCGGGUGGAGCUAGCAUUGCCAACAGGAGGAAGCAGAAGCGCCUCCAGCUGAACAGACGAGGCGGCGAUGCUGUAGGAACACCAGCAGCACUUGCUCCAAGGAUCAGGAGCGUCCCAACUUCCCAUUCGAGCAAAUUUGCUCGUUCGCACUUUCUCCCACCGUCAUCGGCUCCAGUUCCUCUACCAUCCUCGGCUAACGUAGGAAGUCACGAGCGUCACAAACGACUCGAGAAGCACCAUCACCACCAUCAUCACCAGCAGCAACAGCAAGAACAGCAGCAGCAUCCGCAGUCCCAGCACCACCACCAUCGCAACUUCCACCACAACCACCAUCACUAUCAACACCAGCUCGUGCCUCUCUCACCAGCUCCAUUUCCUAUAUCUCCUCCGCCGCUCUCGCUCGAAUCGCCCAACUCCUUCACAUUCGCUACCAAGUCGAACAGCUUUCCAUUUCCACCGCCCUCGAUCCUCGAUCUCCGAGUCUCGCCCUCCACUUCGGAACUACAGUGCGGAGGUCAGGGUCCUGGCAAGGCUGCGUGGCAGGGUUGUAAUAGACCAUCCCCACUUCCUUUAUCGCCAGCAUCACCUCAUGGAUCACGAGGAGAAGGACCCAACUACAAGACCAAACAAUGUGAGGCACAUCGACGAUGGAUGAACCGAAACAGGAUACGAGAUGCCAGCAACUACUACGGGAGCAGCGGCGAGGAUGAAGAUGAGGAAGGAAGCGGCUUUGCAGAUCGUCGACGGGGUGAAGUCAGCGCUGCCGUGAACACUGUACUCUAUGCCGGUCUUGGUACUACCGCACUAGGCCUAGUUAUCUCCUUCGUGGGGACUGGCGAGAAGGGAUUUCAGAGUCCUGAAUUAAGACUGGUCGGACCGUCUUUACUUUGCGCAGGCCUAUUAUGCUGUUUACUUCGUGUGCUCCUUUGUCUCUGCUUAUGCCAUUGCGGAGAAUGUCGAUGGAGACCCUGUGUUGUUUUUGCUAAUAAGAAAAAAGGACGAAAGGCGGAUACUAAUGCUCCUACGGGACCGCUGCCAACGGCCUCUCUUUUGCCGCCAAUACAACAACAGCAAAAACAAUUACAACAACCGCCGAUGCCUUCGUCCUGCCCUGUUCCAUCAACGGCGACGAAAGGACAUGAGCUACUGCUCUCUCCUGCCCAAUUACCCGAGUGAAGUACUCAAAAUGCUCCUCGCGAUUGAACUUUUUCUAUGGAAUUCUAUACGCCGAUCUCUACUGCCGGUCCUGUUCGAAAUAACGUAGUUUAGUCUAGAUCGGUUCUGUCUAAAAAUUGAUCUGACUCAGCACAGCCUAGCCUAGAUUAAAGUGGCUUAGUGAUAAUUUGAACAUAAUAAAGGAUCGGCUGCUGUUUUCUAUUCA